AUAAAAAUAUUUAUGAAAAAAGUUUUAGAAAUUGGUGAAAAAAGUGUUAGAAAAUUUAAUAAAAAUGUGCAAUUUGUCAAUUUUGUUAAGGCAAUUGUUAGAAGGCUAUCGUUGUUUUUUGGUUUCCAGGGCCAUUCGUAAGCAGCCAAACACGAAAUAGAGUGUUGUUGAGUGGGAGUGUAAGAGUAAAAACUGUAAAUAAUGGAAUUCUGACCAAUAAAGGGUUAUGGUCUGUCGUAAAGUGCUUUACUUAGAGAAUUCAGUUUAAAACGAGCUGUAUUGGAAUGGCCAUUCAAUUUUUAAUCACUGGACUAGCAAGGAUAUAUUCCCUAAAUAUACAUUUUUUCAAUUGAACAGCACACACUGUACGUUCAAGAUGUUUUUCUUGCGGAAAUUCCAAUCGAUAUCCAAUACGAUACUCUCUUCAUUACUGGUGACAAUCAUCUGCAGUAAUCUGGGUUUAAGUUGUAAUGCCAGUGCCACCUCAAACACCAUCAGCACCAUUUCUUCCACACAAUCUAAUCAAAUGGCACUAAAGACAACACCGAAAUUUUUCAAAGAAAACUGUACAUGUUCAACACAAUGGCAGUGUGAAUGUUGUGCCAAAGUCAAUAAUGACCUACUUAAUGUACAUCAAACAUUGUGUGCCGACUGGACUGUGUUUUCUAACUCAUGGGACAUACAGGCCAAUGUACGUUUAAAUGAAAAUGUUUUAUACACUAAUACAUUUUCCGCCUGGAAUGUACCACCAUUUUGUGUUCCCAUAUGGCCGGCAAUAGCAUUGACCGGAUGUGUUCAAAUGCAUAGUAUUACACAACAUGAAUUCAAUACGUUACAUGGUUGUGCAAAUUUAACCAUCAAUUUUAUAGCAUUCAAUUUGGUCAACUUCCAAAUGGGUUGUAUGGAUGUCGGUACGGGUGGCAUUCAAUUUGUUGAUCCCAAUCAUGAAAUUGUAAGUUCGACCACAACGGAAAAGCCUCCAGAAAUUGAAUUGGAAACUAGUGAUUUUGUCAAAACCUCCACUCCUGCUAUGAGUAGUUUGGAGUUAAAUGACAAGGUUACUACAGAGCGUACAUCUACGAUACGUCAGGAUUCAUUGAGUUAUUUAAAAAGUACGAAUUUUUGAAUUGUUAUGAUUAAGCGAUAUUUUUAGAAAACUACCCACUGCUUUGUUUACUCCAUAAUUGAAAGUCAUUAAUAAAUUUAUCAUGCUACUCAAAAUAAAGAAUUUUUAUUUUCAUGUAAAUGUUUGUUUUAGUUAGUUUUAAUAUUUAAAUAAGAGUUAUAUUACACAAUAAUCAAGAAAUACUGUAGCAGAUUAAGUAAAAUCAAUCAAUAAUAUAUAAAAAAUCAUAUCUACAACAAAAAAUAAGACAAACGGAAACAUUAAACCAAAACGAUAAAAAAAAGCUGAACACAAAACAGAACAAGUUAAUUGUAAAUUAAAAAGAAAGAAAAAUUUA